CCUCUCCUCUUCCUACAAUAAUUCUCACUCCCAUUUCUUGGUUCUGAGAAGAAUAGUUAUAUUUCUUUUGCUAGUGAAUAAUUUAGGAUGCAGCUGCGACUUUCGAAAAGCUUGAACCAUAUAUAAUGGUGUGAAGAGUAAAGAUAAUCAAGCAUGACAACGAUGAUGUGGUGGAGAGAAAUGAGAAGUCUACUUAUAGUUCCAAUGUUCAAGUGUUUGGUGGCUAUAUGUCUGGUCAUCUCACUGUUAGUUUUCGUUGAAAGUUUGUAUAUGAACAUUGUAGUAAUCUACGUCAAGUUGUUUAAACGCAAACCCGAGAAGAUCUACAAAUGGGAGGCAAUGCAAGAGGACAUGGAGCUCGGAAAUCAAAACUUUCCCAUGGUUCUUGUCCAAAUCCCAAUGUACAAUGAACGAGAGGUGUUUCAGUUAUCCAUUGGUGCUGCUUGCAGACUCAUAUGGCCAUUGGAUCGACUAAUCGUUCAAGUUUUAGACGAUUCCACUGAUCCCACCAUCAUGGAAAUGGUGAACAUAGAGUGUGGAAAAUGGGCAACCAAAGGCAUUAACAUAAAAUGUGAGAGGAGAGACAAUAGAAAUGGCUAUAAGGCUGGAGCUCUUAAACAAGGUAUGAGGCAUAGUUACGUCAAAACAUGCACCUACAUUGCAAUCUUCGAUGCUGAUUUCCAGCCAGAGCCUGACUACCUCCAACGCACUGUCCCAUUUCUCAUCCACAAUUCCGAGCUCGCUCUUGUUCAAGCUCGAUGGAAAUUUGUGAACGCAAAGAAGUGCUUGAUGACAAGAAUGCAGGAGAUGUCCCUCAAUUACCAUUUCACGGCAGAGCAAGAAUCUGGAUCCACUAGACAUGCCUUCUUUGGCUUCAAUGGGACUGCGGGUGUAUGGAGACUGGCGGCGAUGGAAGAAGCCGGUGGUUGGAAAGACCGAACCACCGUUGAAGACAUGGACUUGGCCGUUCGUGUUGGACUACACGGCUGGAAAUUUGUCUUCGUCAAUGAUGUUGAGGUGAAAAGUGAGCUACCAAGCCAAUUUAAAGCUUUCAGAUUCCAGCAACAUCGUUGGUCAUGCGGUCCAGCUAAUCUCUUCAGAAAAAUGACUAUGGAAAUUUUUCGCAAUAAGAGAGUGACGAUUUGGAAGAAAUUGUAUGUGAUCUACAGCUUCUUUUUCGUAAGGAAGAUCAUAGUCCAUUUCUUCACUUUCUUCUUCUAUUGUUUCAUUCUUCCUACGAGCGUAUUCUUUCCCGAAGUCAACAUUCCGACUUGGUCAACUGUUUACUUUCCUUUUAUGAUCACUCUAUUCAAUGCCAUCGCCACACCAAGAUCUUUCUACCUCGUGAUUUUUUGGGUCUUGUUCGAGAAUGUAAUGGCUAUGCAUCGGACCAAAGGCACUUUCAUCGGUUUACUUGAAGGAGGGAGAGUGAACGAAUGGGUCGUCACCGAGAAAUUAGGAGAUGCUCUUGAGACUAAGUUACUUCCCCAAGUAAGAAAACCUCGCUAUGGGGUUCUCGACAGGAUAAACUCAAAGGAGAUGAUGGUCGGGAUAUACAUAUUGUGUUGUGCCUCCUAUAACCUUGUCUUUGGGAAGACAUUGUUAUAUAUUUAUCUUUACAUGCAGGCUCUUGCUUUUAUUAUUGCCGGAAUUGGUUUUGUAGGAACUUGAUAAAUGUCUUCUAUAGACAUUUUGAGUUUCUAAGAAUAUGUAAUUAGUAAUUUAUACCGUUAGUAUUCUCUCUUCUUCUUCUUCUUUUUUUUUCCAGAUUUCAGAAUAAGGUAGAUUUCGUUAU